AUGCAUCGAACAAUGAGCUCUCCUUGGUAUUACAGUACCUAUUCGUUGAAUAUUAUUCCUGAAGAGCGAAUACCAAGGCCUGAUUAUGAUGACGAUUUGGCAGAGUUUGAGGAGGAUUUUGAUGCCCUUGAAGACGGCCGAUACUAUCAAACAACUGCUUCUCCACAUUCGAGAUUUGGCACCAGCGCGCACAACUUGAGCACAACUCCAAUAUAUCAGGAAGGCCCAAGUGUCGCGCUGAUCGACGAGAAUCCGACGACGCCGCAGAGAUUAGCGAACUUCUUCUCUCGUCCUUUCCGAACAAAUCCAUUGAAGCGGACGAAGAGUGUCUCGAAGUUGGAUCGGCGAGGCGUUCAGCAAAAUGAGAAAAUCAUUGUGCGUGAACCGGACUUCAAGAGAUCCCAAGAGAACCUCUCGAAUCUCAAUGGUUUGCAGCGAAGAAAUCUCUAUCAACAGGAUCAAAAUCAUUUGAGAUCAAGCCGCUCACACGAGAGUCUUCUCAGUUAUUCGACUGCCACGCAUAUGAUUGAUAUGCGCGACAACUCAGCCCGUCCGCAUCCCGUUCAUCCGUCGGUGUUGGAUGUGCCGAAUUGUUUCCGAGUCGCAAACACCUAUUACGCUUGCCGAACACCGUUAGAGCGAGCGAAAUGGAUUGAGAAG